AUGGUGGCUACGACAGACAGCGCAGAAAAGUCCAAACCCAUCGCUGGAAGCAAGGUGUCCAAACCACUCAUGGAAAAGAAACGAAGAGCUCGCAUCAACAAGUGUUUGGACCAGUUAAAAUCUCUUCUGGAGAACUUCUACAGCACUAGUAUUCGAAAGCGCAAACUGGAAAAGGCCGACAUCUUGGAGCUCACUGUGAAACACCUAAGGAACCUCCAAAAGAUCCAGAGCUGCGCCGCUGCUUCCGAGUUUUCCGAUUUUCAAACUGGCUUCCGCGGUUGUCUGGCAAACGUCAACCAAUAUCUGCUGAUGGCAGACAACUUGAACGGGAGCGACCGCUGGACGUUAUCGCAGCUUUCCACUAAACUCAGCCACAGAAACUCAGAACUCUUCAGCACCAUGGACAGCGGCACGGGCAAAGCUGAGACACAGGAUGAGGAGCGGACACUUCUCCCAUCGGCAGCCGGACCUGAGGAGAGAAACACGGCCAUAUCUAAAGCUCGGAAACCCAAAAGCACAAGCACGUCUCCUUCUUUACCGAGUGAAGACGCACGGCAGCCAUCUAGAAACAAACAUCCUAUCAUUGUUGCGUCGCCCACACAAAAUACUCAUGAAAAAAGUCACAAAAUGUUUAACUCUGUCAGUCACAGGAAUGAAGUUGCAAACACUCAGCACAACGUGUGGCGACCUUGGUAG